AUGGGCGAUUUCAACCUCGCCCUCGUAAUCGUAGCGAUAGUUGUAUGCGUGAUCGUGUUCCUCGUCAAUGUAUACCUGCUCGUAAACUACCAGCAUCCCGAUGAUGUUAACCAGGCUUACUUUCCUAAAUUCGUCGUCGUUUUGGGGCUUUCGGUUGCCGCAAUCUCCAUUCUCAUGCUUCCGGCCGAUGUGGCAAAUCGGCAAGCUUGCCGGCACGCGAUUUAUAAUGGCGCGUGUAACCUCACGCUCCCGAUGAAAGAUUUGUGGCUCGCUAUUUAUGUAAUCGACGCUAUCCUUGUCUUCUUCAUUAUUCCUUUUGCAAUGUUCUACUAUGAAGGCGACCAGGACAAGAGUAUUGGUAAAAGGAUUAAGAGUGCACUGUGCUGGGUGGUGACGACGGCUGUAGUGUGCGCUCUCGUUCUGGGUAUUUUGUAUGGGCUUGUUGGUAAAGUGGAUUUUACUGUUAGGCAUCUCUCUUCAUCAACAACUGCAUUUCCUACCUCAUGGGGGCUCAACAGUGGUCAACAAUGUGUUGGAAAUGGUGGCCAUCAGUGCUCUGCAUACUCUGCUAGUGCUUCAUCAGAGAAAACAUGGACCAUGCGAUCAACCUUUCCAGAAUAUGUUGUAGCUCUUGCUACUAUUGUUGGAUCUGUGCUUUUUUCUAUAUUUGGUGGUGUUGGUAUUGCUUGUCUUCCAUUAGGACUUUUAUUUUCAUUUAUCCGGCGGCCAAAGGCUGUUAUCACUCGCUCACAGUAUAUCAAGGAAGCUACUGAACUUGGUAAAAAAGCGAAAGAUUUGAAGAAAGCAGCUGAGUCACUCCAUCAGGAAGAAAGAGGUGGUGCAAAGGGUAGAAAGCAUCGUAAAAAUGUAAAAGAAGUAGAAAAGGAAUUGUUUCAAUUGGAAGAAGAUGUAAAGCUUCUUGAAGAGAUGUAUCCACAAGGGGAAAAGGCUGAGACAACAUGGGCACUAACAGUUCUUGGUUAUCUGGCAAAACUUGUUUUCGGAAUUCUAGGGCUGAUUGUUUCAGUAGCAUGGAUUGCUCAUAUCAUUAUCUAUCUAUUAAUUGAUCCUCCCCUUUCUCCUUUCUUGAAUGAAGUUUUUAUCAAGCUAGAUGAUGUCUGGGGUCUGCUCGGCACAGCUGCGUUUGCAUUUUUCUGCUUCUACCUUCUUCUUGCCGUGAUUGCUGGUGCCACGAUGCUUGGGUUGAGACUAGUAUUCAUCACCAUACAUCCCAUGAAGUGGGGAGCAACUCUCAUGAACUCUUUUUUGUUUAAUGUGGGCCUUAUCCUUCUUUGUUCCAUCAGUGUGAUUCAGUUUUGCUCCACAGCAUUUGCCUACUAUGCUCAAGCAACUGCAGCCCAGGAAAUAUUUGGUCACACUUUGGAGUCUCUUCGAGGAAUUAAAUAUUUGUACAAGUACAAUGUGUUUCAAAUUGCAUUUGUUGUUUUGGCCGGAUUGACUUUUGUGUAUUAUGCUGCCUUUGGAUGGAAAAGAAAAAAACCCAGCGGCAGGUUCCAAUUGUCUUCAUGA